AUGAACCAACAAGAAGGACCAAAUUUUUCCCUCCUCGCUUCAUCAUCAUCGGACAAUAACUUUAUCGGGAUGAAUACACCAUCAUCGUCAUCAUCAAAUAAUUCAUCAUCAUUAUCAUCAUUAUCAAAUAAUAUUCAUGUUUGCGUUACUGGCGCAACUGGCUUUAUCGCCACUCAUCUCGUCUAUCAAUUAUUAGCAAAGGGAUAUAUUGUACAUGCUACGGUUCGUUCCCUUGAAAGCGGAAGAAGAGAAUUAAUACAAAAUAUAUUACAAUUUGAUCAGAAAAAUUCAAAGGAGAAGGGAACAGGGUUAUUGGUGAGUAGGGAAUUGAUGGAGAAGAAUUUGGUGUGUUUUGAGGCUGAUUUGCUCAAGUCGGGAAGUUUUGAGAAGGUAAUUAAGGGAUGUCGAUUUGUUCAUCACACUGCUUCACCUUUUAAGGUUGAUGUUAAGGAUCCACAGAGAGAUUUAGUUGAUCCUGCAUUGAAGGGAACUUUGAAUGUGUUGCAAGAGUGUGUUAAAUUGAGAAAGAGCCAAUCCAGUACUGAUCCAGCAAGAUUACAGAGAAUUAUGUUGACUAGCUCUAUUGCUUCUAUUGUUGAAACAUCUGUUCCUGGAAAGGUUUAUGAUGAAACUGAUUGGAAUCUUGAUUCUUCUGUGAAUAAUAAUCCAUAUCUCUAUUCGAAGGUUGUUGCUGAAAAGGCUGCUUGGACUUUAAUGCAAGAUGCUCAAGCUAAGAAUGGUGAUGACUUUUUGGAGUUAGUGACCUUGUGUCCUGCUGUUGUUAUUGGACCUCCAAUUAAUCCAAAACUUAUCAGUCAAUCUCAUGAAAGUAUCAUGUUGAUGGCCAGAGGUGAAUUCCCUGUUAUUUUACCACUUGAUUUUGCAUUUGUUGAUGUUAGAGAUGUUUCCAAAGCUCAUAUCAAUGCCAUGGAAAAGAAUAUGGACGACAAGACAUACUUUGCACCAUCCAAGAAGCAACGUUUCGUUGUUUCAAAUGGUGUCACAACCUCAAUGAAGGAUUUGGUGAAUCACAUGAGAGAAGCAUUCCCUAAUCCACCAUACAAAUGGAACAAGAAUUUGCCAACUAUUAAUUUGACUGGAUAUCUUGGAAUUGGUGUUGGUAAAUUAGCUGCCUUGAUUCAACCAAAAGGAUUGAGACAAUACUUGAACUCUGUGAUGGGCAAACCACAAUUCUUCAAUAAUAGCAAGAUUAGGAAUACUUUUAAUUUGGACUUUAUGAAUUGGAAAGAUAGUGUUACAGAUUCUGUUAAAUUUUUGGAUGAAAAUGGUUUCAUCACUAGCAAGUUGUAA